AGCGAAACACGAACGAACGACAGACAUCGGUAGUGGCCCCCACCCAAACCCACGCUCCCCCAUCCACAAGCGCACCACAGUUUCUUCUCCCAAAUCCACCGUUGCGUUCGUCGAUCCGCGGCCCCGGCCGCGCCGCACUCCGCGAGCGCCUGCUCGUCUCCCCAGCCGAAGUCGGGGGCCAAGGUGGCGGAUCCUACAGCCUACUCUCCCGCCUCCGACUUGGCUCGGCCAUCUCCAGAGCCGCGGUGCUGGACUCGCUUGCCGAAUCCGUCGGCCCCCUGCCGCCGUCGUCUCCGCGGUCGCCGCGAUGCUCGACUCCGGCGACCUGCGCUCGGCCUCCCGCGACAAGGGCGUGUCCGUGUUGGCCGCAUUGGUGUCCUCCGAAGCUAGGCGAGCGCGCACCCAUCUCCACGAGGAAGUCGAGCGCGCACCGCCCCGCGCUCCUCAUUCAGGGUCGCUGGCCCCCACACCGUGCAGCGGGCCUCUUCCUCUCCAACAUCUCGCCGCCGGCCGCAUCCGGGAUGGCCUCGUCCUCCUGCUGCUAGCUGUGCUGGCUGUAGCUUGGACUGGAGCAGAAAAAUUGCAUCGAGGUAGCAGGUGGAUGAUGGUGCUAGUGCCUUUCUCUUGAAGUGUUGCUAGUGAUGGCUGCAAUUUGAAAGUGUUUUCUCUCUCUCCUUCCUCCUUUUGCAGUUGUGCUUCCCCUAUGCGUGAUGAUUGCAUUGUAGCUUGGGUUGAUCUGUUGUGAUAGUUAGGAGAGACUAGCAAAAAGGCCCGUGCGUUGCAAUGGAAGAAAAAAUACCACACGCUCUUAAAUUACAAAAAGUUCUAUAAUCUGAGAAUUUGUAGCUAUUUCUUAAAUACAUGAAGAGUUAAAAAAGUUGUUAAAAAGAUACAGAAUUUUUAAUCAUAAAAAGAGAAAUUUUUUUGUCAGGAAAAGAACAUUUUUUAUGGUCUCAUGUUGAUGCAGGUACUUGCGCCCCUAUUUCGUCACUAUUUAUUGUCAUACAUGUCAUAGGUAUUGGUCCCUAUUUCAUCACUAUUUAUUUCUUAUCAAACUUGUCUUUUAUUUUAUUUUUUGUCAUGCAUGCCUUCUUUUUACUUGUUUCAUGCAUUUCCUAUUUUUUUUCUUAUUAUAUAUAGGAGAAUAGCGCAACAUCUCAUCUUUAUCGGAUCUCCU